AUGCAUUUCUUAACAUGUCUGGGCAUUGUGCUUAGCUUUUUGGAAGGAGUGAGCUGUUCGUGUCCUUCACAGUGCACCUGCGAUGAUCACGGCAGAAAUGAUGGCGCGGGAUCAAGGUCGGUACUAUGUAAUGACUUGGAUAUGAAUGAGGUCCCCACGAACUUUCCCGUGGACACUGUGAAGCUUCGCAUAGAGAAGACAGUCAUCCGCAGAAUCCCCGCCGAGGCCUUCUACUACCUGGUGGAGCUCCGCUGCCUCUGGGUGUCUUACAAUUCCGUGGCCAGCCUUGAGGCCAGCAGCUUUUACAACCUAAGGCAGCUGCAUGAGUUACGCUUGGAUGGGAAUUCUCUGGCUGCUUUCCCUUGGGCAUCUCUGCUCGACAUGCCCCACCUAAGGACCCUGGAUUUGCACAAUAACAGAAUAACCAGAGUGCCAAACGAGGCAGUCAGGUACCUGAAGAACCUCGCCUACUUGGAUUUAUCAAGCAACAGACUAACCACACUGCCGCCUGAUUUCCUGGACAGCUGGUCCCACGUACUUACAACAUCAUUCAGAAGCCUGGACCUUCCGCCACGAAGGAUUGUUCUUGGUCUGCAGGACAACUCUUGGUUCUGUGACUGUCACAUUUCCAAAAUGAUUGAGAUAUCAAAAGUUGCCAACCCUGCCAUAGUGCUUCUUGACCCACUGAUGGUCUGUAGUGAGCCCGAGCGCCUGACAGGGAUUUCGUUUCAGCGGGCUGAGUUGGAUCAGUGUCUGAAACCAUCGGUGAUGACCUCGGCCACCCAGAUCACAUCUGCUCUGGGCAGUAAUGUCCUGCUGCGGUGUGAUGCCACUGGCUACCCCACCCCACGGCUCACAUGGACCAGACCUGACAGUUCGCCAGUUAAUUAUACAGUAAUUCAAGAAUCUCCAAGGGAAGGAGUCAGAUGGUCCAUAAUAAGCUUGACAGGCAUUUCUUACAAAGAUGCCGGGGAUUACAAGUGUAAAGCCAAAAAUUUGGCUGGGAUGUCAGAAGCUGUGGUUACUGUGACAGUGGUUGGUGUUGUCACCACCACUAUAUCAUCAGACACUUCUGAAAGAAGAACUAGAGAUCACUCUGAGCGAGAGGUCCAGUCAGGAGCUAGAAGAUCUACAUCCAUACCUGGUUCAUUGCCAUCUCCCUGGCUUUCUUCCUCUUCUUCUUUCUCCUCUGCUUCUUCCACUUUCCUUUCUACUCCUACUUCAUCUCCUCCCUCUGCUGCUUCCUUCUCCUUAUCUCCUUUCUUCUCUUCCACUGCUUCUUCAGCUAUAACUCUAAGCACUAGAAUUUCAACAAGCACCAACAUGGCCAGCCGGAAGUCAUUCCUGUUCCACCCUGACGGGAAAAGAAAUUUAAAGGUGGAGAUGGGAGGAAGUAAGCUUCCCUCAGCUAGUGCAAGUAAGAAAGAAGAGAUGGCAUUGUUAGAUCGAACAACGCCUGUGGAGGGGAAUGCCACAAUAGAAAAUCUCAGGGCAGUCAGCAAGACCAAAGACAGUGUGACUCUGAUGUGGAACAUCAUCAACACCACACAUAGCUCUGAGGUGACCGUGUUAUAUUCCAAGUAUGAUGAGAAGGAUCUGCUGCUGCUGAAUGCAGACUCCAGCAAGAACCAAGUAACCAUAGAUGGCUUGGAGCCUGAUAAGCAAUACAUAGCAUGUAUUUGUCCCAAAGGAGUGCCUCCUCAGAAAGACCAAUGUGUCACCUUUUCUACUGACAGAGUUGAAGAAGAAGGUGAUUCUCAAGAGUUCUUCCUUAUUGUGGUGAGCGGUACUGCCUGUGUUGUUGUCUUGCCAUUGAUUUUUUUCCUGUUGUACAAAGUUUGCAAACUGCAGUGUAAGUCAGAACCCUUCUGGGAAGAUGAUUUGGCAAAGGAGACUUAUAUCCAAUUUGAGACCCUGUCCCCCAGGUCUCAAAGUAUAGGAGAACUUUGGACACGAAGGCACAGAGACGAUUCAGAAAAAUUGCUGCUUUGUUCUAGGUCAAGUGUGGAAUCUCACAUGACUUUUAAAAGUGAAGGUUAUAGAUCAGACUAUUAUUGCUAA